AUGGAUUUUGAUAAGCUCUCCAUCACUGAUCGCAAGAUCAUCGUCGGCAUCGAUUUUGGCACCACCUACUCCGGUGUCGCUUGGGCAGAGACACAGCGGCCAGACAGACGGACAGCCAUCACCACAUGGCCCAUCAACAAGACAACCCGCGAGGGCGAGUCUUCAGACAAGGUGCCUACUAAGCUUCGUUAUGCCCCGGAUGGUACUCAGUGGGGGUUUUCCAUCCCCAUCACCGCUCCUCAGGAUGAAGUGAUCGAAUGGUUCAAGCUCGACUUGGAUCCGUCUCUGAAAAACAUUGGUGUGGCCGUUGCCAAUGAUGGUGCUCGUGGAGGCAGAGAUGCCGAGAAGCUUGUUGCUGACUAUCUGAAUGCUCUCACCGAGCAUCUCCUCUACACGCUGCGCGAGAAGCUCGGCGAGAGCGUCGUCAAGAACACUCCACUCGAGUUUGUUGUCACGGUACCAGCCAUCUGGAGCGAUCUUGCCAAGGAUAAAACCAAAAAGGCAUGUCAACAGGCCGUUCAAAACCUCCCCUUAGCGGCCGGCUCGUCCAAGACCCAUAUCCACCUCGUCUCCGAGCCCGAAGCUGCUGCCAUCUACGCCCUUCAUGGACUGGAUCCUCAUGGCCUCAAGGUUGGCGAGACUGUGGUUGUUGUUGAUGCCGGUGGUGGCACGGUUGAUCUCAUUUCCUACACCAUUACCGGGCUGAGGCCUAUUCUUCAGGUCCAGGAGGCUGCCCCUGGCUCUGGCGCCCUUUGCGGCUCGACUUUCCUCAACAUGCGCUUUGCCAAAUUUCUCAAGGCCAAGCUGGGCAAGGAAGAUGGCUUCGACGAUGAAAUUCUCGCCGAAGCCAUGGAAGUCUUUGAAAAGAAGGUCAAGCGUCAGUUUACCCUCGCCGCUCCUCCAGAUGAGACGUACACCAUCCCCGUUGGCGGCCUAGCCAACAACAGGGCCCUCGGAAUCAACCGCGGACGAUAUGCGCUCAAGGCCUCUGACCUGAACACGAUAUUUGAGCCUGUCGUCCUCGAGGUCAUCAAGCUAGUCAAGGAUCAGAUCACUGUUAGCAACGUGCCUAUCCGCGCUGUGCUUUUGGUUGGUGGUUUUGGCGCCUCCAAUUAUCUCAAGGAGCGUCUGAGAAAUGCUGUGGACAAAUCCAUCCAGAUCAUGCAGCCUCCCAAUGCCUGGCAAGCCGUUGUUCAGGGUGCUGUGAUGAAGGGCCUCGCUAACAGCGCGCCCGAGUCUCUCACAUUGGUCAAGGUGCAGAACCGCAAGGCGAGGAAGCACUAUGGCACGGAGUGGCGCACCAAGUUCGACGACAGGGUUCAUGGUCAUAUAGCUGACAAGAAGAGCUGGAGCGGCAUGGAAGGGUAUUACAAGGUAAACGCCAUGGAGUGGUUUAUCCGCAAGGGCGAUGCCGUCUCCGAGAACGAGCCUUACGUCACAUCCUUUGUCUGGACAGGCCUCGUGGCACACGGCCGUAUCCGCAAGAUGCGUAUGACCAUCUACUGCGACCAAACCUCCGAGGAAGCCCCCAUCGACAGAAACGCAAAUGUUCAAGUCUUGGCACAUGUCGAGGCCGAUGUGAGCCACAUCCCUGAGCAUCUGCUCAAUCGUCGACAGGGUAAAGAUGGCCAGAUGUACUAUGACCUCAGCUGCAAAAUUGAGGCGGUGUAUCUCUCUGCCUCGACUACGUACACGCUCUUGUACAAUAAUCAGCGAUACGAUACAGUUACUUGCGAAUAUGUCUAA